AUGCAGAUAUCUAACUCUGGCUGUGCACUACUCUUCACAACCCUAGCUCAGACCUCAACCUGCAGACUCGUCCUCCCAAACCUCUUCCGGCAGGCUCCAUCCUCUCUCAACCCGAUACGGAUACAAGACAACAUCCAAGCCCCCAUCAUACCCCUCAUCCCCUCCAACGACGCCGAAGACGACAGCACCAUGUCAGACCGCCAUAAACCCAGCCUCUACGACACCCUCCCCUUGACCCGGCGCAUAAACAUCUUCUCCUCUCUCCUCCGCGACCACCCCAAUCUCCCUACCCUCCUCUCCUCCCACAACAACAAUCACCACAACGACCAAAACCCCACCAGCUUCACCAUCCUCGCCCCCCUAAACUCCGCUCUCCAAUCCCUCGAGCAUAAACCAUGGGAAGAUAGUAACGACUACGCGACGUUCGGGGAGCGGGCCUACGAUGGGCAGGGUGGGGAGGAGAGGGCAAAGGGGAACUUAAAGUCGUUCGUUGAGAGGCAUGUCGUCCCCCAGAGUCCGUGGGGGGCGGGGGGGAGGGAGGGAGGUGUGGUGGGAGGAGAAGGACAAUGA